AGUGACAGAGGAGCAAAAAGUCACAGCAGAUGUUGAAGUAAAUGUUCUCGCUGGGCCGGUGUGACUGAAUGCCUCUGGUCUGCUCCGUCCACAGCAAAUGGAGCUGCUGGUCCUCAACAAGCUGAAAUGGGACCUGGCCUCGGUCACGCCUCACGACUUCAUCGAGCACUUCCUGUCCAAGCUGAAGAUCUACCCGUCCACCAAGCAGAUCCUCAGGAAACACGCACAGACCUUCGUGGCUCUCUGCGCUACAGACGUCAACUUCAUCGCCAGUCCUCCGUCCAUGGUGGCGGCGGGCAGCGUGGUCGCAGCUGUUCAGGGUCUCUACCUGAAGAGCCAAGACGCCUCCCUGUCCUCACAGAACCUCACCAACUUCCUGUCGCAGGUCAUUCGCAGCGACCCGGACUGCCUGCGGUCGUGUCAGGAGCAGAUCGAGUCUCUGCUGGAGUCCAGCCUGCGGCAGGCUCAGCAGCACAGCAACAUGACAGAAACCAAACGCGUGGACGAGGACGUGGACCUGUCCUGCACCCCGACAGACGUCCGAGACAUCAACAUCUGAGGUGACUGACGUCCGCGCCGCGUGAUGACCUGAUGAUCGAGGAAAGUUGUCGACAGAGGGCGGUGAUGGGUGGGCUGGGGAGGGGGUCGUCUGAACUCCCCUCCUCCUCCUUCUUCCUGGUGGGGCUGCUAUCACGGCCGACGCGCUCGCUGUCCGCUACGGCCGCCAAGACGGGACCGAGCGCCCUCCCCCGCCGCCCUGCAACAAACCCCACAUUUCCUGCCAGUGUCCCCUCCCAUCUCGGGAAAAGAAACGAACACUACAGAAAUGUACGAGAGAGAAAAGAAGCGUGGGCUGGAGCUGAAGCCACAAAAACAGACAUUCUAGUAGAUUAUUUUUGUCAUUCCCUCAAAUAUUAAACUAGGAAUCUUUAAAUUACCGCAGACUCGCCUACUAAAACAUCCCAAAGUGUCGUGUACAGUAGGUCCUCGUAGUCUGUCUUCAGGUCUUCACCUGAAAUCUGUUAAAGAGGCUUUUUUCAUUUGAUCGUAGACUUCCUGUCCCGUGUUUGUCUUGUUGCAGUGCAAACAUUCAUAUAUCCCUGCUUGCUUAUGUUUAGUCACUUUAUCAUAUAUCAUUUUAGACCUCUUUAUCAGUUAGUCUUAUACCUCUUUGUUUCCAAGCUUUUUGUUUUUUUUUAAACCAAGUGUCCUGUGAGACGCUCUGACUGUGGACCGCUGACGUCGAAGCUCGCGCGAUUCAUUCCUCGAUUAUCAGCUCGCCGUCGUUUGAUGCAAACCGAUGCGCAGCCACGCAGAGCGAUCCACAGUCUUGUUAUGUAUCUUUUCUCUGUGUAGUUUAAACCAUUCCAACUUUGUUUUUUUAAGAAAAAAAAGCACUUUUGGUCAGCGCUGCUGGUCGUCGAAAAAAUCACAGUGAUUAAGUUUGUAAAACAUGAAAAAUUGAACGAGCAGGAGCCUGUCGGUGAUGGAGAGGCAGAGCAGCAGGUGCAGACCGUUCUGGAUCUGGAUCGUCUCAACGGGACGAAAGAUUUGACCCGUGUGGCAGAGAUACUUUUUAUAAAAUAAGACUGAAUGCUGCUCGACGCUGUCGUGAGUCUCAGAGCCGCUCGCUGCCUUCGACGUCUCAGAUUUCGAGUUUUAGUUCAGCAGAUGUUUCGAAAAGGCAAAGCUGCUCUUCCACUUAAAGAAAUAUUGUUUCAGUGCAGAGCCAGAGGCUUAAAGGGACAGUUUGGGGUUUUGGGGGGUUUAUUGGGAACUUAUCCAUAGUCAGUGUUUUAUAGAUGUCAGUCAGCAAGCUCCCUAAUCCCUAAAAAAACACCUAAAAAAAUCAAUAUCAGUCUAAGUGUUUGCAAUACUGGGAGUAUUUUCAUCGCUCCAUCUUUCUGUCAGACAGCCCGUUUUCACAGGGAAGCAGUGAACACCUUCAGUUCUCCAUCGAUCCCCUCGUCAAAGCUACCAAACUCCUCUGAAAAAACUGUAAUUUUAGCUCGCUGAACACAGGAGCUGCUGGUCUGCAGCUGCAUCGAUCAGCUAGUUUGUGUUAUCGUGCGACUUCAGUAAAUUUGAAUUAACCCCUUUAAAUGCCAAAAUCACAAAACAACACACGGAAAAUAUAUUCGCCUAAAACAUUUUUUAGGCAAAUGUAGAUCAGCAGCUCCAGUGUUCGGCGAUGUUAAAUCACCGUUUUUCUCGAUGGAGUCUGGCUUUGAAGAGAGUGAUGUAGCAGCUUUAUUUUUUCAUUGGAAAUCUCUGUCUGACAGAAAGGUAAAGCUCUGGAAAUACUCUAAAUGCAGCA